GCGGGACGGAGGAUUCCCGACCAGUGAGCUGCUUGCGGCUUCGCGCUCCUCCUCCUCCCAAAUAAACAGCCCUCCCCACGCCGAGAGCCCGGGCCGCCCCCUUCCUCGCGCAGCCGGCGAGUGGUGAGGGAGCGCGGGACCGAAGGACCAGGGGACCGAGGGAGCGGCGCACGCGCGUGCGAGCGAGUGAGCGAGCGGCCGGCCGGCGCGAAGCCGGAGCAGAAACCGGAGCCGCAGCCGAAGCCGAAGCCUGAGUCGGAGCGGUACCGAAGCCGAAGCCUAAGCGGGACUCCGGGCCGGCGCGCACGCACGCACGCACGCGGGGGGCGGGGCCGGCGCGCGCCCGCUUGUCGCGACUGUCGGCUCCUAGGCCCAGGGGGAGGUGGCCUGUCGCGGGUCGCCCGGCUCCCGGAGGCGAAGGGGGCGCGGGCGGAUGGCGGAAGGCGGCCAGCCGCAGCAGCAGCCGCCUCAGCUUGGGCCCGGUGCCGCUGCUCGGGGCAUGAAGCGGGAGUCGGAGCUGGAACUGCCGGUGCCCGGAGCGGGGACAGACGGACCCGAGCCCGGCGUGAGCAAGCGGCCGCGCACCGAGGAGGCGGCCGACGGCGGGAUGCAGAACGAGCCACUGACCCCUGGUUAUCAUGGAUUCCCAGCACGGGACAGUCAGGGUAACCAGGAGCCAACAACAACUCCUGACGCAAUGGUUCAGCCUUUUACUACCAUCCCGUUCCCACCACCUCCACAGAACGGAAUUCCCACAGAAUACGGAGUGCCACACACUCAGGACUACGCCGGCCAGACCAGUGAACAUAACCUGACGCUCUACGGGAGUACACAGGCCCACGGAGAGCAAAGUAGCAAUUCACCCAGCAACCAAAAUGGAUCUCUCACGCAGACAGAAGGUGGAGCACAGACAGAUGGACAACAGUCACAGACACAAAGUAGUGAAAAUUCAGAGAGUAAAUCCACCCCCAAGCGACUACAUGUCUCUAAUAUUCCCUUCCGCUUCCGGGACCCUGACCUCCGGCAGAUGUUUGGGCAGUUUGGCAAAAUCCUAGAUGUGGAAAUAAUCUUUAAUGAGCGCGGCUCCAAGGGAUUCGGGUUCGUAACUUUCGAGAAUAGUGCUGAUGCAGACAGGGCCAGGGAGAAAUUGCACGGCACCGUGGUAGAGGGCCGUAAAAUCGAGGUGAAUAAUGCCACAGCACGCGUCAUGACCAAUAAGAAGAUGGUCACACCAUAUGCAAAUGGCUGGAAAUUAAGUCCAGUAGUUGGAGCUGUGUAUGGCCCUGAAUUAUAUGCAGCCUCCAGCUUUCAAGCUGAUGUGUCCCUAGGCAAUGAGGCGGCUGUGCCCUUGUCAGGAAGAGGAGGCAUCAACACUUACAUUCCUCUAAUCAUUCCUGGCUUCCCUUACCCAACUGCAGCCACCACGGCAGCUGCGUUCAGAGGAGCCCAUCUGAGGGGCAGAGGGCGGACAGUGUAUGGUGCGGUCCGAGCGGUACCUCCAACAGCCAUCCCCGCCUAUCCAGGUGUGGUUUACCAGGACGGAUUUUACGGUGCUGACCUCUAUUCAGCUGAAGAAAUGUUAACAUCUCACUCUAAACCUCUCAGUGGAGUCUCUGUUCCCUUCUCUGAUAUAACAGAUGGGGUGGAUAUGCAGCCUACAGAUAUGCACAGCCUGCUACUGCAACCGCAGCCACAGCUGCUGCAGCCGCUGCAGCCGCUUACAGCGACGGUUACGGCAGGGUGUACACAGCUGACCCCUACCAUGCCCUCGCCCCUGCCGCCAGCUAUGGAGUUGGCGCUGUGGCGAGUUUGUACCGAGGUGGCUACAGCCGAUUUGCCCCCUACUGAAGUGACGUGAGACCCCUGCAAAUGGGACAGCCCCCAGUUCAUGAGGCCUGGCUAUUGCAAUAUUUACUAGUAGAGGACUCUAUAGCAAGAUGAAGAGGAAAACAGACAAACAAAAAAGAGAGAAUACUUUUUUAUACCUCACUAUGUUCUUUGAAUAUGUAUUUUUCCUUUAAAUUUCUGCCUUUAAUUCUUUUGUUCCAAAGAUUGUGCUUUUUUUUUUUGUUUGUUUGUUUUGUUUUUUGUUUUGGAUUUUUGGGUUUAUUGUUUUGGGGGGAGGAUUAUUUUUGGUUUUUUGGGAGGAUUGUUUUUGAUUUUCUUUUUGUUAUUUUAAUUUUUUUAAACCGGUUUAAAAAAAAAGAUACUGCAUUUCCACAUCUAUAUGUUCGUGCUUAGCUUAUUCUGUCAGUCACAGAAGAGGCAGCCCAGGAGGAAGGAGCUGAGAAACGUAUUUGAUCAGAAGCCAGCAGACAGAAUUACCAAAGUGUAUCUGGUGCUGAGUGUCUGGGGGACACGCAGGUGGGGCCAGCUCUGCAGCGGUGUGUUCUUCUGGCCUGUCUUUGGCCAGAGACUCUGACUGGCUGUGGCUGGAAUCCACAGGCCGCUAGGUAGGAGUCUGUUUGUGCUUGUAAAACAGGAGAAUUUAAAAGACGCUUUUCUCUCCUCUUCCCUCCUGGCUUUGCAUUCUUUUUACAAUCAUUUACACUCACAGCCUGUGAGUGCUCGCAUGGUUUGGGAAUACAGAGCUGGUAUUUCCCAGCAUGCUCUCAGGCUGUGGGUAAGAGACACCUCAGUAGAAAACUGAUCUUGGAGUGAGCUCCAGAAUAGGAAACAGAAAAUCCCAGCAUUCCUGCUGGGCUGCUGCCCCUUUAGUUGAGCCACUGUGCAGCUCAUCUAUUCUUUUAUUAACAUGCUUCUCCCAUGUCCUCAAGAUUCAGGAAUCUAGGACCCAGGGACGGAAGAAUGAGUAGUCAGUGGCCAGAUCCCCCAGGUAUCUGGGCACAGCUUGAGGACUGAAAGUACAGAUUGUUAGAGCCAUUAAAGAGUGUGUAGGAGAGAAGGGAUGUCCAGCCUGGUGUCCCUUCCUUCUCCUGCAGCACAGUCAGCACAGAGUGAUGCGGCAUCGAAAGCCUCUGCCGGGGCAGGACCAGGAACCAAGCCCUAGGUCAGCUGUGCCUGCAGUGUGGGAAUCAGGAAGGGCAGGCAGAGGCACUUUGUACUCACUCCAAAGCCAUAGGAACUUCCAUCUUCCAAAGCCUCAUGAGUCUCCUGCCCCUGUGACCACUGCACCCAGCUUCACACUGUCCUCCAGAGUCCCAGCAAGCACCCGAGCCCCUUGGGGAACAUAAACAGGACAGGCCGUGGAAUCCAAGCCUACCUUGGAAGAAGGAUGUAAAAUGCAAGGACCUCCUGCAGGAGCCUUGGCAGUGAAACCUGGCUUCAGUUUUGUUUCCAAAGGACUUCUACCCUAGAUCUGAGGUGUGCCUGAUAAGACAAGGGUCCCAUAGAGGCUCCAAAAUGAAAGCAUUAGGAAAAGGGCACAUCAGAUGGCUCCCUGGUCAGUUUACCUAAGGAGUCGCUGCUAAAGGGAGUAGUAUAGAGACACUAGCUUCGGCUUUGUUUUGGUUUGUUUUAGAUUUAUUUUUAUUGGGGUUUUGGUUCUUUUGUUACUGUUUUUGCAUCUGCCUCUACACGUUUUUGACUGAUAAAUGAUUCGUGUCCCUGAAUUAAAAUGGCUGACGUUUGACCGCAUCAAGCAUCCUUUAUAAGCCGGGCCCUGGCCUGCAGUUGAACAGACUGUCUUGUUCUCAGAUCCUACCUCCUGUGAUAUCAGAGGAGACAGCAUGGAAGCCAGAGACUUUAAUGUAGUCAUUGAUUCUGGGGCAAUGUGUAGAUUGGGAAAUAAGAUUGGCCAUCCACUGGCCAUUUAUGAAGUCCCUUCCCCCAAGCCAAAGUUUGGUUUGUUAUUGCUGUUGUGACAGUUUUCUUUGUCUGUACAUAAAUAUUUUAGUUGGGGGAAGGGAUGAGCCUUUUGGAGUUCUAGAGAGUGAGGGCAGAGGGAUUUUUGUUUCUUUUAUUUCAUUUUGAGAGAAUUUCCUGACUAAAGGAACAGAAAUUCGGGGUCAUGUUUAAUAAGGGCCAUCCUAAAUAAAAGGCAAGCCUCUUUACCAAGGAAGACUAGGCCAAUCUCUCAACAGCUGUAUCCACAAAGGGGAGAAAUGGGAAAAGAAUUGAAGAAGGCUUUUCUUUUCUCCUAGACAGGAAUAAGGGUGGCCCUGGCAGGGCGAGGAAGGUUAUUCCUAUGGCCCAUGCUAGAGGGGCCUUCACGCACUUCAGUUCAGCUGGUUCUGGCUGAGGCCUCCGAGACCAGUUGUUUGCCAGUGUGUCUGUGCUUCGUGUACAAGGACACUCUCCCAUGCCCACGCCACUUCCUCGGCUUCCUUUUCCAAGGAAGACUAGAUGGAAUUGGCUUUUUAUGCAAGGGUCUUUGGAUUUCAGGGUGAGCACUGAGAGUUGGGGCUCCCCCAAGUGUCUGGAUUCCACUGCAUCUGCCUCAUGGUUGGUCCUCAAGGCCACAAUGCUGGCAUGUUGGACGGCUUUAGGAAGCAAGCUAGAGGAGACAGGCAUUUUGUGACUAUGAGAGGAUGCUGGGUGUUGGUCUCAAACAUGACUGAUGUUAGAUCGCAGCAUGGGACUGACAUGCUCAGCUUUGCAGGCUUGUGUAGCCUGAGCUUUCUAUGCUGCGACUCUUACUUAGAGGCUGGCUCCUUUAAGGAGACUUGUAGUGAAAACGUUUGUCUGGCUGUCCCUCUUUCAGCCCGGAGAGCUGCCUUAGGUCUUUUCUAGAAUUUCUGUGUUACUUAGUUUGACCUCAGCCCAGAUCCGUCAUGUUACCUGUCAUUUUUAAGGCUCUCAGGUUUCUGGAACCUCCUGUCACCAUCACCCCUGCAGCGGCCACAGUCUGAACUGAGCCAGCAUGCUUUCUUCCCUUGGAAAUGACCUGACACUUGGCUCUUAGUUUAAGGGGAGCUCGUGGCUUUUCUGAAAAUGUGGACCUCCUCAGGGGCUGAACUGCUUAGUUUAGGCUGUGCGUUCCUAGAGGAGCAGCCUGCAGAUCUGUGACCACCUCCAUCCUGUACCUAGUCAUGUAGCUUCCAGACAUAAGGGACUGUGAGAUGAAUGGAGCAUCCCCAAGGAUAUGCAAGAAGAGCAUAGUGCGCCCCCCGUUCCUGUGCCAGACGAACAAGACCAACCAAGGGCAGUCUGGAACACAGGUGUGUCAGGAGGGGCAGGGAGCUGCCUGCCGAACCUUCCCCUUUGGCCCAGCCAGUUCUCCACUACUCGAAACUCUAGCAUGGCAAUGUUUGCAGAACUGCAGACUUUUCCCCGGAUAUUAGGAGGAAAGGGACUUUGGGGGGUGGGGAAGGGGUUGUGGUGUUUUAAAGCAUAAGUUACCUGUUUGCACUGUUUUCAGAUAGGAAACAAUAGUGGGCACGGUGAACAUCUGAUGUAAACGUGUGUUUUAUUUUGUCAUGCUCUUGAGAAUGUCUGACCAUUUGUAGUAUACACCAGUGACACUUGAUUCUCUGUUGCAUAAAACACUAUAUUUUUGGAAAUGUUGCUGUCCAGAAGCCUCUUCCCACGCCUUCCCUCUCCUGUGUUCUUCCUUUACCCCUGCUUUCCUCAUCAGCCAGGCAAUUGCCAUGCCCGCGCCAGAGCGGGAAACAGGGCCCCACCCCAAGCAGGCUCUGGGUGUCCUAACCAGCAUGUGCCCUCUAGGUUACUGAGUGCAGGACAGUCUUUGGCAACUAUCCUUUUGAAAGGCUCACCAACUACCACAGGUUGCCGAACUCUUCAGCGAGGCACUGGAAGUGAGCCAGGGGGCACAGGUCCCUGAAAUAUUGUGGUUGGCUGUGGAAGCCAUGUUCUUAUGCAAGUUACCGAAACUGUAGCCAAUUACAGUGUACUCAGGAAAACGGUAGAUGAGUUCAGCCAUGGUGGUGCUGGCUGGCAGGGAUUGGUAACUGAGAACUGCUCGUCAGCCAAAACUCAACCUUGCCUUGACAGAGACCUCCAGCCUGGGGGGCAGCCCUCUGUCUGGUAGUUCUGUCCAUGCCAGCACCGGGAGGGCUGCAUUUACCCUGGCAGGCAAAAAGGGAACGGCGAUGCUCUUUCCUUCCCCUCCCCCUUCCGGUUACCAAUGCCAGAUUCCCAGGGGCACGCAAGUUUUUGAGUUUUUCAGAAAAUGCUUUUGGUUUGGUUUUUCUGGGGACUGGCCUGCUCUCGUCGCUGUCUGUCCCCGUCAGGACUCGUAGCUUAGCUGUUCUCUUGUAUUUUCUGUUCACAGUAUUUUUGUGUGUGCGUGCUUGUUGGGCAGCUCAUUUUGGCUGCAUUAUAUACUGAGUGGUGAACUGAUCCUUAUUUUUUCCCCCAAGGGACAUGAGUUUUCCCCUUAUGUCACCAUUAUGCUUGUGAAUAGCUAGAGCCAGCUGGGGCUGACACGGACGAAGCUAGAGCCGCAGAGAGAACUGAGGCUCCACGUGUUUGAGUCUCAGUCUUGUCGAGGCUCGAAGUACCACAGAGCCUCUCUUCUCCACACCCCUGUGGCAAGGAGUGGCCUGCCUAGCACGUGCAGCUUCCCUGUGGCAGGACAGGUACCACUGGGGCAUGGGGACAUACUCGGAUGCUUGUACAAUUGACCACCUAGCCAUGUCCCUUUCCCUCCCAGCCUCUCCCACAAUCACCCUCUAGGACACCGGAGCUGCUUGCCCAGGGCCCUGUUUCCCUGCUAACUCCAGAGAAGCACUCGGGGCUUGUGACAGUCUCUAACUCCCUCCCUCCUCCUCUCCCUAAGAAUCAUAUUGUAUAGUAGCUUUCAGACCAUACAGUAUUCAUUGGGUUACUCCUAUUAUUAUCAAGUAGCUGGAAUUGUGAAGGUUGGAGUAGUUAGAUCUUUAGCUUUUAUUCCUUAUUUUUUGUAUUACUCUCCAUGUGUAUAAAUUAUUGAUCAUGUUGCUGGCUUUUAUAAACUCUAAGCAGAGGAGGGGCCCUGCCUCAGCCUUUGCAAACGGUAAUGAAGCACUGUUUUUAAAUAAAAGAGAGAAACACCA